AUGGAACCAACAUUAUGUUUUCGUUUAUGUGAUACACCAAUAAUCUAUUUACAAAGUACAGUAUGUCGUUGUUCAGGUGGUGGUCUUAUGCAUUAUAAACGACAAAUUGAUGAACUUUGUAAAAUACCAUGUACAAAACCAGUUGAUCGUUCAAUAAAAUCAAGUAAUACAUGUGGUGGUUCAUUAACAUAUUCAGCUUAUGUUCAAGAUAAAUUUUUUAUUAAACAUGGACAUUUAUUUGAUUAUCAAAUUCAUUUUUCUUCAUGUGAAUUAUGGACAAAUCCUGAUGUUUAUGAUACAUCUGAAAUUCAAUUAUCUAAUAUUAUUGAACGAUCAUCUUUAAAUAAAUUAGAACAAUGUGCAGCUGCAUGUUUAGAUCAAAAUGCAACAACAAAAUCAAUAGCAUUCAAUGAUGAUAAUGACAAAUGUUUAUGUGUAAUGCCAUUAAAACCUAGUAAAACUUUUGAUCGAACACAUUAUAUAACAAUAUUAUCAAAUACUUCAUGUGAUCGUUAUUGUAAUAAUACAUAUGAAGGUUCAUCACAUGACCUUAAAUAUCAAUGUGGUUCAUUAAAAAAUCGUCAAAUAUGGGCUAUAUAUGAUUUAAAUGGAACAUGUCCAAUAAAUUUUAUUUAUAUGAAAGAAUUAAAAAAAUGUAUAUAUGCAUAUAAAUAUUUUUGGAAUUCAUGUACACCACCAUCAACUAGUUUUACUUUUGAUGAUAGUAUAACAUGGAAUAAUUUAUUAAAAAUAAUUGAUAAAUUACAAUUAAAAGAUUUAACUGUAACUAUUGAUUUUGAUGAUAGUGUUGUUAUUGAUAGUUCAUGGAAAUGUUUAAAUUCAUUAUCAACAUCAACAGUAUCAUCUUCUAUGUGGUCAUCAUAUAUUUCACGUUCACGUUCAACUUUAUAUAAUUUUAAUUCAAAUACACGUUAUAUUUUAGAAAAAGGAUGUUUAAUUGAAAGUUCAUAUUCAUCAUAUUCACAUCGAUAUUCAUAUCGUUUAUGUAUAACAGAUUCAAUUAAUAGAUAUGCAUUAACAAAUGAUGAUGAUAAUAAUAAUGAAACUUAUAUUUUUUCUUUAAAUCCACAAAUAAAAUAUUGUCCAACAAAUUGGUUUGAUUUAAAUGGACGUUGUUAUCGUAUAUCAGAUGAACGUAAAACAAUUGAACAAGCACGAAAUAGUUGUAUUAGUAUAUCAACAAAUGAAUCAACUACAUCUAGUCAAUCUCGUAUAUGGUUAUUUGAUAGUAAUGGUAAUAUAAUUGGUGGAAAUGAAUUAAAUGAUUCACCAAAAGGUGAAAUUGUUGAAUAUAUAUCACAAUGGCAAGCUAGAAUUGGAUUUUUUCUUCUUGAUACUGAUCCUGAUCAUGAUAAUGGAGUUACAGAUACAACAACAUCAUUACAAAAUCUUUUUUAUGAUGAAUCUUUAAUAUCAUCAGAUACAGAUGAAACUACUAAUACUGAUCAUGGAUCAAUAAAUGAAUUUCAAGUAAUUGAUUCAAAUGAAGAUCAAAAUAUAACAAACAAUACAUGUAUAAUUAUAACACGUACAAUAACUGAAGAAGAAGAAAAACCAAUUAUUAAAAAUCUAUCUAUAAAUAAUUGUUCUCAACCAAGACAUGUUUUAUGUGAAACAAAUACAUUAAUUGUUCAAAAAUAUCUAUAUGAUUGUUUUAAUAAACCAAAUAUAUUUGAUUUACCAGCAUUAAUAUCAAAUUAUUUAACACAUGAAUUAUGUUUAUCUUUAUGUCAAGAAUUACAAACAAAAUUAGCUAUUUUACAUACUAAUAAAUGUUAUUGUUUAAAUGGUGCUACUUCAAAUUCAUUCAAUAUAACAACAGAUUUACAAAAUUUUCAACAAAAAAAUUGUGGAAAUUUUUGUCCAGGUAAUUCUCAUGAAAUAUGUGGUAAUAAUAAUACAAUAGUUGUUUUUCAAAUAAUCGAUUCUCGUCGUACAUAUACAUUUGCUCGUACACCACCUGAACCAUUUCCUAAUUAUGCUUAUGAUAGUUGUAUAUAUUUAAAUUCAUUGAAUCAAUCAAUAAUAUAUCGAUUUAAAAUUUCUAAUAAAUAUGACUUUCAUCCACGUUAUUGUUUAACAUUUUGUACAAAAUAUCAACAAAAAUAUGCAUUAAUUAAUGAUAUUGAAUGUUUAUGUACAAAUAAACCAAUGAAAGAUGAAGAUAGUGAUGUUGAUGUAUUAACUGGACAACAAUGUUCUCAACCAUGUGCAGGGAAUUAUUUUUAUUCAUGUGGAAAUAAAGAUAACGUCACUAUAUAUUCAAUGUAUUUAUUAUCACCAAAAUGUCGACAUGGUUUUGAAGCUGCAGAAAAUGAUCAACAAUGUGUUUUUAGUCAUUUUUCUGCUAAAACAAAUUCUCUUCAAUUAGCUAAAAAUUAUUGUCAAUCAAUUGGAAGUACAUUAGCAAAAAUAAAUGAUAUUGUUGAAAUUCAAGAUAUUCUACCUGAUUCAAUAUUACAUACACGUCUUAUGCAACAAUUACUUCUUUUUUAUAGAUUUCGAUUUGUUAAUGAUACAAGAUAUUAUUGGAUUGAUCGUACAAGUGAUUUAGCUGAUCCAGCUACAAUAUCUGAACGUUUACUUAAACAAUGUUCUAAAAUACCUGAAUUUAUUGAUAAAAAUUGUAUUGCUAUACAAUAUGUACCAAAUUCUGAUCAAAGUAUAAUAAGUCAUGAAAGAUGUAUUAUUGAAUCAAAUGAAUGUUCAACAAUAUCAGCUAUGCCAGUUUGUGUUGAUCAACAUAUAGAAAUAAAACCAACACUUGUUCCACCUAUUACAGAUGAAAAUCCAUCACAAGUAUCGGUUGAUAUUAUAAGUGGACGUAUAUGUGAUAAUGAAUAUCAUUUUAUAGAUGAUUAUUGUUAUAAAAUAAUCGAUCAUGAAGUAAGUUGGAAAGAUGCUCAAGCUGAAUGUCGACGUGAUAAUGCUAUGAUAUUUGUUCCAGAAAAAUCUAUUACAUUACAAUAUAUAAAAUCAUUAUUUUUACGUCAAAGAACAUAUAUAUCAUCAGGUUUUGCACAUGUUGGUGUUUAUUAUGAUAAUUCAAAUCGUACAGUUAUGCAAUAUAAUAUUUCAAAUGAUUACGAUGGAAUUUCUAUACCAGAUUCUAAUGCUAUUUAUGAUUUAUGUGAAAAAACAUUUCAAGAACGUUAUACAGCAUUAAUGAUAUCAUCAAGUUUAACAACAAGUGAAAAAACUCGUUUAAAAAGUCAAAAAAUUGGUUGUGCAUACAUUGAUUUAAUGUCAAAUAUUGUACCAACAAUUCGAUGUGAUGAAAUACCAUGUAAUCGAACAGCAACUGUUAUAUGUCAAAAAUUAUCAACUGUUCAAACAAAAACUAUUCAAAUACAACGAGAAUAUAUUGAAUUGCAAUCGACUGAUGUUGUAACUGAUCUUUCAUCAAUUCCAAUAGUAACUGAUACUAAAACAAUUUCAUCAAUAAAUACUACUCAAAAUGGAAAAUAUCUAUUAGAUUCUUCAGAUGAUAUAAAAUCUAUUGGAAGAGAUUUUGCUCCAAUAUUUUUAAUUUUAAUUAUUCUUUUUAUUCUUAUAUUUCUUGGUCUUAUAAGUACAAUAUACAAUCAUCGUGAUUUAAUAUUUCGUCAUUCAUAUCGACGUAAUACAAACUCUGUCUAUUCUCAAUUAACAUCUGCAAAUGAAUUUGAUUUAAAUUGA